GGAGCUGAAAAAUCUUGUCGUCAUGCCAAGAAGUGGUUGCGAUGAUGACAUUUCCCAAAGCGUUCUAUUCCAGUUGAAAGCUCUGGAAACAGAUGUAGUAGUCAUAAAAGGCGAUGUUGUGAAGCUGGAUGAUGUGCGAGUUGCUCUCCAGAGAGCGAUAAAGCCUAUCGCUGGCAUCGUUCAAGGAGUUAUGCUUCUGAGAUAUAAAAUGUUUACGUUCAUGAGCGAUACUGAGUUCAGCGAAGCAAUAAGACCAAAGCAACAAGGCACGUGGAACCUUCACAAUACUGCUUUUCAGGAGGGUCUUGUGCUGGAUUUCUUCACGAUGCUCUCAAGCAUAUGCGGAGUGGUUGGGCAGACAGAGCAGGCCAACUACUCGGCUUCCAGUUCGUUCCUCGAUACAUUCUCAGUAUACCGACAAGAACUCGGCUUAAAAGCUCGUUCCAUUGAUUUGGGCGUAAUCGAAGAUGUUGGAUACGUAAGUUCGAACGAAAAUGUCUCAAAGAAACUGAAUACUCAACACUGGACACCCAUAAACGAAAGUCUUCUGCACAAAAUUCUGCGUUUCUCCAUUCUUCAGCAAACAUCCGCACCGAUCAGCGCCAAUAGUACCACUCAAAUGAUUACCGGUGUUCCUGUCCCUCUACAUCCCGAUUCUUCUCUAUAACGCGGGGAUAUGUUAAGAGAUCCUCGCUUUGGUUUCCUCUCCUUCCAAGAUUCUUUAAUCCUUGCCACGGAACAGCAUGAAAGCUCAUCUGACGUACGAGUUCUAUUUUCUCUCAUCAAAUCAAAAGCCAAGGGUGAUGUAGUAUUAUCGAUGACAAUAGAAGUGAUUAAUCGACAAUUCACAAAGAGCUUGAAUCUAAGUGAGCCCAUAGAGCCGACAAAGCCAUUGAGUGGUUAUGGAAUUGACAUUUUCGUGGCCGUCGAGUUUAGGAAUUGGGUGCGAGUGCAGUUGGGCGCGGAACUCACGACGCUGGAGGUUAUCAAUGCAAAGACUUUGGCAGCCUUGGGCGCUGGGGUUGUGACGAAGAUUUCUAUUUAGUCAUAGUUCCUUUACUGAUAUGAGCGCUUGCGGAGGCAGGAAAUCAUGCAUGUUAUUGACAAAGACGAGUCCUACGAUCAGACAUAAGAUUGAAAUCGGUCUGCUCGUAAAUCAAAUCGCUUUCACUGCACUUGUAACUUUUCUUGCCUCGAUCUCUUUGAUUGUUUCAAUAAACAAAAACAAUCAAUUGACAAGAACAAUAGAGCGAAGAACGCAAAGAAUCAAAAUCUCUCAUCCAUAGUCUUCCAUUAGUAUUACCCCUGAAUCACCUCUCCCUUCCCGAACCCUCAGUCUUCCAGUCUACUCCCCAUCACCCAAUAGAAAUAGGAAAACGCGCA